AUGGAGCGAUGUUCAGCUCUUCUCAAAUCUGGUACUCGCCUUGACAAAUCUAUUCGCCUUGGUCUACGUUGGAUGUUGGCCUACAUAUCAUUCGAGUUGCCUAACCUGCAACGGCGCAUUGAAGAAGAUGUUGCGGAACAAAUGCAAAUUGAAGCACGUGAACGUGAAAGUCGCCGUGAGCGUGUAAGACGGUUGCGUGAAGAACGUGAGCGGCUAACAAGCCAUGUUCUAGUAGAUCCAGAUUCUACGGUAAUAGGUACUGGCGAUGGUGAAGAAAUAAAAAAUGAGGAGCCAAAAGCCAAAGAAAAAGAAAUCAAAAUAGGAGAGAAGGAUACAGUAAUUGUUGAGGGAUCAACUGAUGGGUUCAAUAACACGUCAACUAACAUAGAUGAUCCGAAAAAUAACCACGCGCCUACACCCAAUGUUUACUUGAGCAGUAUUAGCGAGGGCGGAUCGAUUGAGGUUUAUUUAAAUAUCUAUUUAAUAUUUUAA